AUCUCGGACGCAGAGUGGGAGGACAUGAUGGAGGGUUUUGACGAGCGGAGCUACCUGAACGCUCGGCGUUGGAAGCCCGGCGAUGACCCGUACACGCUGUACGCCUUCAACCAGAGGGAGAGCGAACGUAUCCCCAGCGACCGAGCUCUGAAGGACACCCGACACUACAGGUGCACGACUCUUCACUACGACUCUGAUCUUCCUUUGACAUCCAUCAUCAUCACCUUCCACAACGAGGCCAGGUCCACGCUGCUUCGCACAAUCAAAAGUGUUUUAAAUAGAACUCCAGUUCAUCUAAUCCAUGAGAUCAUUCUGGUGGACGACUUCAGUAAUGACAAGAGUGACUGCCAGCUUCUCACAAAGCUGCCCAAAGUCAAAUGUCUCCGCAACAACAAGAGAGAAGGAUCCGACUUGUGUGGUCAGCCCCGUCAUCGAUAUCAUCAACAUGGACACGUUCGCCUACGUGGCGGCCUCUGCUGAUCUCCGUGGAGGCUUUGACUGGAGUCUCCAUUUUAAAUGGGAGCAGUUGUCGCCUGAGCAGCAGGCCCGCCGGACCGACCCGACCCAGCCAAUCAA